AUGGUGGGGGACAUCAUAGCCGACCGCAAAUUCCGCCAGCAGACGGGAACCUCCGCCGAGGACGAGGCCAAGGCCCCCUCAGCUGAGAUCACCGCAGACCUCGCCGACUUCUGAAUGGCAAGCGCUAAGGUCUUUGGUGUGAUUUUACGGUCUUGCCAGCCACCCUCAUUUUGGAGCAUUAUGUCCUCGUACUUGCCACUGAUAUGGCCAACACACCUACUCGAAGCGAUUACCUUCGCAAUGUCACGCCUGCAAUUACUCUAUCGGUAUCAUGUGCUGCCUCUGUCCCACACCAUGACGUCUGCUGCCAAAACCGAUCUCGCCGCUCUCAACAAUUGCGUGUCCUGCGCAUGGUAAAUCAUCUUAAUUCGAAUACCACGUCAAAUUCCAACGAACAAGCCACGGCACGUCGCGCAGCUCGCGCACGAAUUCUUGCCCAAAGAAGACAUGCGCGCAACCACAACAAUUCCGAAUCUUCCGCUGUACAUAACCACUUCACGCGUAUGCGUUCUCCUCGACACCCAUCACCCUUCCACCAGGACCCUGUGUUUAAAGGCAUUCGAGUUUUCAAGUCUCCAAUCGACAAGACAGUAGCCACCACGUUCGCGUACAAAGACCUCGAUCACGACCGUACUUAUGUCUGCCCUCAUUGCGGCUCUCAACUGUGGAAAGAGGAAAGAACUAAACGCUUCAGCUGCUGCAACAAUGGAAAAAACGUAAUACAAAAAUUAAGAGAAGUUCCUCCACAUAUUUGGGAUAUCUACAACACAACCGAGUUCCAGCGAAACCAAAGGAAAAAUAACUCCCUCUUUUCUUUUACUGCUCUCAGUCCCAAUGGUUUACGAAAACAGACCUGGACUCAGCCGUACGGACCAAGUAUAUUAACCAUGCAUGGUCGCGCCUACCAUCGCAUUUUUGACUUGCAACACAACACAAACAUGACCGUCACGAACACGUGACGCUUCUAUAUGUAUUAUUCCGAGUUGAAUCACCAAUCCCGACAACUUCAGGUCAACACCAACACCGCCGCUUCGCUACGAUCCUACUUUCACCAAAGCAUACCAUGGGCCACCCAGUAUAGAAGUGCUGUUAACGAAGUUUUGCGAAAUUCUACCGUAUGUCCCGAACCUGCUGUCCUAGAGAUUGCAGAAGUAAGCAGAGUCAACGACGGCCACGUCCUUGGGACCCCAAGUGCGCCUGAGAUCGCCGCGAUUUCGUAUCCCUCGAAGAGUGAUUGUUCCUGUACCCAACCAGUAAUAUCAUACCCAAAGAAUAGCCCCGAUGACAAGCCACGUUUUCUAGACCUUUAUUCUCCUUCAUACGAACCCCUCCAGUUCCCGUGCUUACUUAAUCAUGGUGAAAGCGGUUGGAGCAGCGGUCACUACACCGAAAGCCCACCGAGAAAGUCCAAAUCCAUGAACCGUGC